AUCCCAAAAUAAAAGAAGCCCGAGAGGUUAUGAAUAUACUACAUGAAAUUGCCACGAUGUUGAAUACAAACCUGGAUAGAGAAACAUUAUCUCUCUGUAUCUCCUUAUGUGAGAAUGGGGUCAAUCCAGAAGCUCUUGCUGCCAUGAUAAAAGAACUCAAAAGAGAAAGCGCUGCACAAGCAACGGAAUCAGAAUCAAACCGCUGA